AUGAAUAAUGAAUAUGACCUGACAAACAUUUCAGAAAUAAACAAAGGGAAAAAGGUUAUAAUAAUAUUAGAAGGUGCAUAUUUACAAUUGAUUGAAACAAAAAGAUAUAUAUACGAGUUAACUAAUAACAUUAAGCAUAAAUAUAUAUUAAAAGAAAGAAAUCAGAAAAAUAUAAACGACUGUAGGCCUGAUAUUUUGCAUCAAUGUUUAAUUCAUUUAUUAGAAAGUCCCUUAAAUAAGUAUGGUAUGCUGCAGGUUUAUGUAAAAACUCAUGACAACCAAUUGUUUUAUGUAUCUCCUCAUUUAAAAAUUCCUAAAACAUAUGAACAAUUUGAAUCAUUAAUGGUUACAUUUUUAAGAAAAUAUAAGAUAAAAGCGAAUGAAAAAAGUAUUUAUUUAUUAAAAAUUAUUAAAAAUGAUUACAAUAAUAUUUUACCAGUUAAUGGUAAAAAAAUAGGGUUAUCAAUGAAGGGAAAGAAAGUUAAUUUAUCUGAUUAUGUAAAAAAAUUUGAAAAUGAGAAUGUUCCUAUAACAUUUUUUAUAGGAGCGGUGGCUUAUACAAAUCCUACAAUGGAUAUAGAAAUAAUAGAUGAAAAUAUCAAUAUAUCUGAAUUUAGUUUAAGUGCUGCUACUUGCUGUUCAGCUAUUUGCUUAGAAUUUGAGAAUUUGUGGAAAUUAUUUUAA